UAUUCCUAAUUUCAGUGUGGGUGGUAGCAAGAGUAUAUUACCAUUAUGAAUCAAGUCAUCCAAAACAUGAAUGGUGGCACCGGCGAAACCAGUUACGCUUUCAACUCAUCUGUUCAGAAAAAGGCUUUCUACAAAACAAAGCCGAAGAUAGAAGAAGCAGAGCUGGAUAUAUUUUCAAAGUUCUGUACUUGUAGUACAACCAUGACGGGGAAGAGUAUGCCUAUAGGCAUUGCCGACUUGGGCUGUUCCUCGGGUCCAAACACACUCUUUUCUUACCUGCUAAAUAUUAUUUACAAGAAAUGCUGUGAAUUUGACAUUGUUUCGCCGGAGAUUGUCAUGUACUUUAAUGAUCUUCCCGGAAACGACUUCAACACACUUUUCAAAUACUUGGAAAGCUUUUGUGACGAACUGAAAAGAAACAAAGGAGAUGGUUUCGGACAAUGUUUUGAUGCUGGGAUACCUGGUACAUUCUAUGGUAGACUUGUUCCUAGGGAUACUCUUCACUUUGUUCAUUCUUCCUACAGUCUCCAAUGGUUUUCUCAGCUUCCUCGAGAGAUUGAGAACAAUAACCAAGGGAACAUUUAUAUCUCGACGUCCAGUCCUCCAUCCAUAAUAGAAGCAUACUUGAAGCAAUUUAAGAGUGAUUUUACGAAUUUUCUGAAGUAUCGGUCCGAGGAAUUAGUCAAGGGAGGAAGAAUGGUUUUAACACUUUUGGGCAGAACAAGUGAAGAGUGCUGUUAUUUUUGGGAUAUAUUAGCUUUGGCACUCAAGGACAUGGUUUUAGAGGGAAUGAUUGAAGAACAAAAAUUAAUCUCAUUUAACAUACCGCUAUAUAUGACAUCCAGUGAGGAAGUGAGCCUGGUUAUUCAAUGUGAAGGUUCAUUCAAGAUUGAUCAAAUCGAAGUUUUCCAGGUGAAUUGGGAUGGUAGUGAAGAUGAAAGUUCAAAAAUCGAUAGCUAUAAUGCAGCGAACUGCAUCAGAGCCGUGUCAGAAUCUUUAUUGAUGAGCCACUUCGGGAUUGGGGAAGAAAUAAUUGACAAAUUAUUCCGUAGGUACAUGGCAAUUGUUGAUAAUGUGCCUAAAGAGAAAGCCAAGUAUACCAAUAUAGUGAUCUCCCUGACCAAAGUUUAGUUUCAAGAUGCUGCAUAAUGCGCCUGCAUGCAUCCUAGUAAAGCAAAUUUAUAGGUUGAGGGAGUAGAAUCUCGUGCAUGCCUCAGUGUGUUUUUUUAGUUGGAAUCGGCUCCUAUGCCAUUUUAUGUAGUUGCAUUAGAGUGUCCUUUCUUGUACUUUUUUUUUUUUUGAAUAAAUAUUUUAGCCUCUUUUCAUCAAAAAGAAAAAUGCU